GCCAUCUGUAAACCCUUAAACCCUUCUCCAAGGUUUCAUCUUUUACAAAAUUCUUCUACAAAAAAUCGAUUCUCAUCGAAAACUUUAACAAAUUAGAAUCCACCAAGAUUCAUGUUAUGACAAAAGCAUACAAAUUUACAUACAAACAUAUGUUUCCUAAUAGCCCCAUUUGAUCCCGAAUGAUCCAGAGAUUAUCUCAUCCUUCUUUGCUCUCACUCGAAACCCUCUUCAAGCUCUGCAAAUCCGAGAUUCAUCUUAAUCAAAUCCAUGCCCGAAUCAUCCGCAAAGGUCUUGAACAAGACCAGAAUCUCAUCUCAAUCUUCAUCUCUUCGUCUUCUUCGUCUUCUUCGUCUCUCUCUUACUCUUCCUCUGUUUUUGAACGUGUUCCUUCUCCUGGAACUUAUCUCUGGAAUCAUUUGAUUAAAGGGUACUCGAAUAAGUUUCUCUUCUUUGAGACUGUUUCGAUUCUAAUGCGGAUGAUGAGAACAGGUUUAGCUAGACCUGAUGAGUAUACUUUUCCUUUGGUUAUGAAAGUUUGUUCUAACAAUGGACAGGUUCGUGUUGGUUCAUCGGUUCAUGGGUUAGUUUUGAGAAUUGGGUUUGAUAAAGAUGUUGUUGUGGGUACAAGUUUUGUUGAUUUUUAUGGUAAAUGUAAGGAUUUGUUUAGUGCACGUAAGGUGUUUGGGGAAAUGCCUGAGAGAAAUGCUGUUUCUUGGACAGCUUUGGUUGUUGCCUAUGUGAAAUCUGGGGAGUUAGAGGAAGCGAAGAGCAUGUUUGAUCUUAUGCCUGAGCGUAAUUUGGGAUCUUGGAAUGCUUUGGUUGAUGGGUUGGUUAAAUCUGGUGAUUUGGUUAAUGCUAAGAAGUUGUUUGAUGAAAUGCCUAAGAGAGAUAUAAUUUCGUAUACCUCUAUGAUUGAUGGGUAUGCUAAAGGUGGUGAUAUGGUUUCUGCAAGGGAUUUGUUUGAGGAAGCGAGGGGUGUUGAUGUUAGAGCAUGGUCAGCUUUGAUAUUGGGUUAUGCACAGAACGGUCAGCCGAAUGAGGCUUUUAAGGUUUUUAGCGAAAUGUGUGCGAAGAAUGUCAAACCUGAUGAGUUUAUAAUGGUGGGUUUGAUGUCAGCUUGUUCUCAGAUGGGUUGUUUUGAGUUAUGUGAAAAGGUUGAUUCUUAUCUGCACCAAAGGAUGAAUAAGUUUUCUAGUCAUUAUGUUGUACCUGCUUUGAUAGACAUGAAUGCCAAGUGUGGCCACAUGGACAGAGCAGCUAAGUUGUUUGAAGAGAUGCCUCAGCGAGAUCUUGUUUCAUAUUGUUCGAUGAUGGAAGGAAUGGCGAUCCACGGGUGUGGAAGUGAAGCUAUUCGACUGUUUGAGAAAAUGGUAGACGAAGGUAUUGUUCCUGAUGAAGUUGCCUUCACAGUAAUAUUGAAAGUUUGUGGCCAAUCCAGGCUUGUUGAGGAGGGAUUGAGGUAUUUCGAGUUAAUGCGAAAGAAAUAUUCUAUUUUGGCAUCUCCUGAUCAUUAUUCAUGCAUUGUGAAUCUUCUUAGCCGGACAGGGAAGCUUAAAGAGGCCUAUGAGCUUAUCAAAUCCAUGCCCUUUGAAGCUCAUGCUAGUGCUUGGGGUUCACUUUUGGGUGGUUGUAGUCUACAUGGGAAUACUGAGAUAGCAGAGGUAGUUGCAAGGCACCUCUUUGAGCUUGAACCACAAAGUGCCGGUAGUUACGUGCUUCUGUCAAAUAUUUAUGCAGCUUUAGACCGGUGGACGGAUGUUGCUCAUCUUAGGGACAAAAUGAACGAAAAUGGUAUUACAAAGAUUUGUGGCCGAAGUUGGAUAAGUCGAUAAGCACUUGUCAGGUUUCAUCUAACGGUGUCAAUGCAAGACUUUUGCUUAACCUAACAAGACGUUCAGGCAAAAGAGCACCUAAACAGAACCAGCCUGAAACAUCAUUGUUUUUGGUACAUAGCUGGAGAGGUUGGAUAACAUGUUUACCAUGAUCAGGCUUCAAAUCCAUUGUGUUAUUUUUCUGGUUGGAUGCUUUGAGGAGGUCAUAGAUAACCAAGAAUGAUUCACGAGACGAAAAGAGCUUCAUUUAUGGUUUGUUUGUUGUCUCAGAGAUCUCAUUGCGUCGUCUGAUUUGUCGUUUCGAUUGUAACAAAAUGCUAAGGUAUCCUCUGUACUGAACAUGUAGGUUAACGCAGAUUUCAGAAGUGAGAGGGCUGUUGACAAAAUUCAUAAGAGAAAGAUCUGUUACAUACUAAUGUAUUCGCUUAUGAUCUACCUUCAAAGAUUAAAUAGUUUGGUUAUGAUAUAUCUACGUACCCGACUCUGUUUGUCGUUGUCGAUUACUACUAGGCUAUAAACUGGCUUAAUAAGAUCAACACUAUAUGUAAAUUACCUUCAAACUAUAGAAAACUUAAAUAAUAAU